AUGUCUCAACAUUCAAUUCCAUCCCCGACCUAUCUAAGGGCGCAAACAUCCGGAAAUCAAUUACUGGCCUAUGUCAAGUGUAAUAAUCCACAAGAAAAAAAUUACCCCAAACAAAGCCCACUUCUUGAUCAUCAAGCUUUGCGGGACAACAAGUGGGACGACAUGGAAGAAACCUCUAUAGCUAUGAAUGUGAUACGGCCACCAUUUGUGUAUCUCAAUACUCUGAAUGUUCCCACAAACAACGAUUCAUGGGAAGAAUUUGACGCUUUUUUAGUACCACUACCUCACUAUGAUUUAGUCAUGAACUUUACGCACGGCGUAAUAGUAGCAUACCAGUCCUUGAGCCCGUACCAAGUUGAGCUUCUCAAAGACAUCAAAUCGCCCACUAUCCCUGACCUCAGUAGAUGGUCAGAUAUUGCGUAUUUGAAAUGGGCGGAGGUCUGCAAACUUCAUGGCACUGAAGUGAGCAAUUUGAAAUACGUCAUCCAACAUCAUGUUACGAAUAAUACAACAUUGGACGUCAUAAACGAGGUACUGAAGAAAAAGGGUGAAUCGCUCGUGCCAUCAGGAUGUGUGGUGUCAAUGGGGGAUAGCAGUGGUCACGGUACUGCAUUAUUGGGACCCCGAAUGGAAAAGGAGUUACCUGGCUCCUGGCUCAACAUAAGGAGGCUUUCAAAAACUUGA